UGAAAAUUGAACUACAGCGACAUCCAGUGGCUGUGACCUUUAUAACACAACACUUAGUCACUGAAAUCCAAACACAGAGAAUCAAAUCGCGUUGCACAUGCUUCCUAGUUUGACCCUCGGCGUGAUCCGUAGCACGCAGUACCACAACGUGCAAGGAAAAAGUCAUACUUUCGAUACGCACAGAAAAAAACUGCUGCUAUCGGUGACUAAAACCAAACAAUCAUGGCAGAAAAUCAAGAGAUGUCUUCAGUUGAGAUGAAGGUGGCACGACAAAUAGAGUACUACUUUGGAGAUCAUAAUCUUCCACGAGACAAGUUUCUCAAAGAACAGUUGCAGCUUGAUGAUGGCUGGGUUCCUCUGGAGACCAUGCUGAAGUUUAACAGACUGAAGUCUUUAACUACAGACAGCAGUGUCAUUGUUGCAGCUCUUCAGAAAUCAACCGGUUUGCUGGAAAUCAGUGAAGACAAGACAAAAAUCAGAAGGGCUCCCAACAAGCCUUUACCAGAACUGAAUGAUGAAUACAAAGAUGCACUUAAACACAAAUCUGUGUACAUCAAAGGUUUUCCACUUGAAACGAGCCUGGAUGAAAUUCAGGACUGGUUGAAUGGAAAAGGCAACAUAGAAAAUAUCCAGAUGAGGAGAAACCUACAAAGGCAGUUCAAGGGAUCCAUUUUCAUCUGUUUUGACACAGAGGAGUCAUCCAAGCAGUUCCUUGAACGUUCAGAUAUAAAAUCUUACAAAGACAAUGAGAUGCUUGUCUUAUCAAGGGAAGCCUACCACGCAAAGAAAGCAGAGGAGAGAAAACAGGUCAAAGCGGAGACGAAAGCAAAAGCCAAACACGAUAAAGAAGAGCAGCAGAAACAAGCAGAAGAAAAGGAAUGUUGAACAUUUCUCUUUGUGUUUCAGGGUCUGCUCUUGGAUGAACAGACUGGCUGCUUGUUGAAGUUUUCUGGAGAACUUGAAGAUGUCUCAAGGGAAGACUUUCAUGAAUUGUUCAAGGGACAUGGAAGGAUUAAGUGGGUUCAUUUUACAAGCGGGGCCAAAGAGGGCUCCCUCCUCUUUGAUGGAAAUGCAAAAGAGGCUUUUGAAUAAAGCCAAGAGGCAAAUGGAGGAGAAUUGAAAGUGAAAAACAACAGCGUCACAUGGCAGGUACUUGAAGGAGACGAGGAGAAAGAAAUGUUGAAGAAGAUCAUUGAAGCUCAACAAGACUCAUUCAGGUCCAAAGCCAAGGGUGGAAGAGGACGAUCAGGUGGUAGAGGAAGAGGAGGCCGAAGGGGACGAGGCGGCAGAGAUCAUGGCAGAAACCAGUAUCAAGGCAAAAAGACGAAGUUUGACAGUGAUGAUGAGGACGAAGAUGCUCCUGCACCCACAAAGAGAGAACGAGAAGAAGCUGGUCCUGCAGCAAAGGUCGCCAAAACUGAAAAUGGAUCUUAGUCACACAGUCACACUUGGAGUUUCUUUUUUCUUUUUUUGUGAAAACAUUUAUUACAAACAGUGAAAUGCAGAGGCAACUUAAUCCAUUCCAUUGAUGCUUCAGGCUUUGGAAAACCGUAGGAAGUCCCACCUGGAUGUCAACCUAGAGAACAUCUGACAUUAAUUUUCUCUUUUCGUAUAUUGUGCCCUCCCACAUUAUGUUCUUACGAUUCUCUUCUUAUGCUGUUUUCAUUUCUAUUAUGAUCAACAAAAUCAUGCUCUUCAACAGUAAUUUAAUUUCAUAAGAACAUUUAAUUAGUUUUGUAGGCACCUGUGUGACAUCUAUAAACUGUAUACCCUCUUGUCCUUUUCCUGUUUUUUUUUGCCACAGUGAAUGACAAGAACAUCUGCUUGCUAGUUUUUUAAGGUUGCAUAUAUGAACAGGAAUUAAAGAGUUUUGAAUAGAAGUGUGUUUUUGAUAUUUUUUCAAAGAAAUUGUCCUUUAUUUCUGAAAUU